GUCGGGACUGUGCGCAGUGGAGCGGGCGGGGAGGCGCGCCGGCGGCGGCGGCGGCAGCAGCAGCAGAGGAGGAGCAGGAGGAGGAAGAGCCGGAGCCGCAGCGGCCGGAGGCGGGAAGGAGGAGCGCGCUGGUCUGCCUUCGCCAGCGCCGCCGGAGCCUCGCCCAGUCCGAUGUGCCUCCUGCGGCGGCGGCGCUGCUGCUGCUGAGCCAGCCGACGUGCCGGCCGAGCCUUGCCGCCUCCCGCAGUCCGAACAUGGCCACCCCGGCCACCUGCACCCGCUUCACCGACGAAUACCAGCUCUACGAGGAGCUCGGCAAGGGUGCUUUCUCAGUGGUACGGAGAUGCGUGAAAAAAACCUCAUCUCAAGAAUUUGCUGCAAAGAUCAUUAAUACCAAGAAGCUGUCAGCAAGAGAUCAUCAGAAACUAGAGCGGGAAGCUCGAAUCUGCCGGUUAUUAAAACACCCAAAUAUUGUGCGGCUCCAUGAGAGUAUUUCAGAAGAAGGUUUCCAUUACCUUGUAUUUGAUCUGGUGACUGGGGGGGAGCUAUUUGAAGAUAUUGUUGCCAGGGAAUACUACAGUGAAGCCGAUGCUAGCCACUGCAUUCAUCAGAUUUUGGAGAGCGUCAAUCAUAUUCAUCAACAUGAUAUUGUACAUAGGGAUUUAAAGCCUGAAAACUUGCUCCUUGCCAGUAAGUGCAAGAGCGCUGCUGUCAAACUGGCUGACUUCGGACUUGCAAUUGAAGUACAAGGAGAACAGCAGGCAUGGUUUGGAUUUGCAGGUACUCCGGGUUACCUCUCUCCUGAGGUCUUAAGAAAAGAUCCUUAUGGAAAGCCAGUGGAUAUAUGGGCAUGUGGAGUUAUUCUGUAUAUAUUACUUGUUGGAUAUCCUCCAUUUUGGGAUGAAGAUCAGCAUAAACUGUAUCAGCAGAUCAAGGCAGGGGCCUAUGAUUUUCCUUCUCCAGAGUGGGAUACUGUGACCCCAGAAGCAAAGAAUUUAAUCAACCAGAUGCUGACGAUAAACCCUGCAAAGCGCAUCACAGCAGAUCAGGCACUUAAGCACCCAUGGGUCUGUCAACGAUCAACAGUCGCUUCUAUGAUGCACAGACAGGAGACUGUGGAAUGCUUGAGAAAGUUCAAUGCCAGAAGAAAACUGAAGGGUGCAAUCCUUACCACUAUGCUGGUGUCUCGGAAUUUUUCAGUUGGCAGGCAGAGCUCCGCCCCUGCUUCGGCCGCCAUGAGUGCUGCCGGCCUGGCUGAGCAAGCUGCCAAGAGCUUACUGAACAAAAAGUCAGAUGGAGUAAAGAAAAGGAAGUCAAGCUCCAGCGUACAUUUGAUGCCACAGACCAACAACAAAGCCAGUGUAGUAAGCCCAGCAAAAGAAACGCCCCCAGUGCAGAUGUCCAUGGAACCACAAACUACGGUUGUCCACAAUGCUAAUGAUGGCAUAAAGGGUUCUACAGAGAGCUGCAAUACCACAACUGAAGAUGAAGAUUUGAAAGCUACUGCUACACUGUCUUAUGAAGAGAAGCUUCUUGCCUGGGAUAGCCCAGGGCAAACAGUGGAGUUGGAUCGUGCUCAGUCGGAGCCUGUCCUAACUCCAGUAGUUCCAUUUGCAUUUAACAGUCUAUCAUUGCGUAAGCAAGAAAUCAUCAAGAUUACAGAGCAGCUGAUCGAAGCAAUCAACAAUGGAGACUUUGAAGCUUACACGAAGAUCUGUGAUCCUGGGCUGACCUCAUUUGAACCUGAAGCACUGGGAAACCUCGUGGAGGGGAUGGACUUCCACAAGUUUUACUUUGAGAACUUACUGUCCAAGAACAGCAAACCAAUCCACACUACCAUCCUGAAUCCCCAUGUUCAUGUUAUUGGUGAUGAUGCAGCAUGUAUUGCCUAUAUCCGUUUGACCCAAUAUAUCGAUGGCCAGGGCCGGCCUCGCACCAUGCAGUCCGAAGAGACCCGUGUCUGGCAUCGCCGUGAUGGCAAGUGGCUGAAUGUACACUACCAUUGUUCCGGGGCUCCUGCAGCUCCGCUCCAAUGAAGCUAAAAAUGGCAGUUUUCGGAGAUACUCAGCGGGAGGGCAAUAUCUUCUCAGCAAGCAGCUCUGGAGUACCUGAAUUACAGCAACGGUCAUAUUCGUUUUGACGUUUAAAGAAAUAUGAAUUACAAACCGGCAGCAGCCAAAUGCACGAAACCCUGCAUGAAUCUGAUGCUCCAGGUGCUGCCGCCUUUCUGUUGUUUUUCCAUGGAUCCAUCGUGUCUGUUUCUGCUGUAUGAAGGUGUCUUAUAAAUCCUGAGGGAAACCCAUAUUGUUUGUAUAGAAAAGAGAUCAUCUGCGAUGGAGUAUCCAGCACCUCCCCUGCAAGGCGGAUGACGGAGCAACAGCUGUGAAGCAUCUUUCAGAAUUGGAGCAAAGAAAGGGAGAGAGAAAGAGUUUAAGGGCGAGAGACGGUGCCUCUUAGGCAGCAGGAUGUUGUAGGCCCAGUGGAAAUUGACCUUGUCUUCGGGUUAUGCUGCUGCUUUAAUCAGUGAGUUACGGCCGAUGGUGGCGACCUCACUAGGGCCAGCAUAAAGAAAGGGGUAAAGCAGAAGGAGGACUUUUCUUACACUGCUGCCAUCCAGCAACCAACUGGAGCCCAAACAUCAGCAGUAAAGACGAGCCAAUGGCUACUGGCUCCCACUGAUGGAUUGGAUAAAAAUGAACAAGAAUGUUUUAAGGAACAAGUACGAGCUGGUUUUGUUAGCAUAGGAGCUUCAGAGAUGCACUGAUUUUUACAAACAGCCACUCCUCGAUGAUGUAAGUCAACUUAUAAGGGUAGAAUUUAAAAGCAAAUAAUCUUAAGAGGGCAAAAAAUUAUGUGAAUGGCUUACUUUAUUUUAUUUUUUAUUGUUUAGAAUAGAUGGGAUCCAGAGUGCUGCAGAAUAUGUGCUCCUUAGGAAACAGUUGAAAAGCUUUGUUACACUCCGCCCUGAAGAUUUGCACACACAUGCAUUUGCUUCCUGUAUGGUGUGUAAUUUAGUCUGUGUGUUAUACUAAAAUACUAUAUUAUCUAUGAAUUUAAAAAAAAUCUCUCUAUAAUUAUGGGGCUAGCUGGUUUCCCAGUUUGAUUUGUUUUCUGAUAAAACUAGCAAAGGGAACCAGCAACUUCCAGAAGUGCUUUUUUCAGUAGCCCAAUCUAUUUGACAUUGCUUUAUUUCCUGUUGUUAUGUAGGUUUUUUGGGUUGUUUUAACCACAUAAAUGUAGAACUUUUGCAUCAACCAUAUUUAUUGUCUUUGCUACAAAGAAAGCAAGUAAUGUUCUUUAUUUCCUACAUCAGAAGUGUUUGUCAGCUUUAUGGUUUGACUAUUAUUUUUUCAGUUUCUGAGUAGAAGUGGGAUAAAAGCCUUCCCAAUAAAUUUCCAAGAUCAGAUUUACACCAUGACAUUCUCUGCCCCUUGUGUACAAUGCACAUCAAACAUUUUUAUGUUCAUUCAUUAGAUCUGAGAACAUGGAAUUCCAUUAAGUCGUUCCCUUUGUACCUGAAAUAGUACUGAGAAUAAUUUUGCUGUCUAAUUAAAUAGAAAAUAGAGGGUGAAUUUAAUGGAGUUUAGGAAAAUACAGAGCUUCAGUUUCAAUAUGAAUUGGAAGGGAAAUGCCUUUUUCUGUUCUUCUAAUGAGAAACUCCUAACUCAGCUCCAUAAUAUUUAUGAUAGCUUAUGACUCAGUGCAGGAAAAAAGCAUUCCUUCUUGCAGAGAUUUGUGCAAAAUUUCAUUUUCCUUUAUAAAGAGAAGGAAUAUUUUCUCAAACGAGAGAGAUGUUCUGCUGGGACUAAAGAACCUGUGGCACUUCAGUUGUUGCUGGCCACAUCUCCCAGUAUCCCUCACCAUUGGUUUGUGAGCUGGGGUUAUGGGUAAAGUUAAUUCAACAGCAUCUGGAAGGUGACAAAAACUUCACCUUUUCUCAUAAAUUUAAUGUAGAACAUAUCUAGGACUAAGUGUGUGAAGUAAUAAAACCCCUGAUAACUUUACUAGGAUUUUUAAGAAUAAUGUUACAAAGUGAGGAACAGGAAAUUAGUUACACUGCGUAAUAAAAGAUGUGCAUGCUUCUAGGUCUGAUCUUUUCUUGUCUUUAUCUGAUUAUUUAUAAUAAUCCCUCUGUAUUGAGUAUCUGCAUCCUUAAAACAUAUUUUUGGAACCGUUUGAGUUGUUUUGUCUUUGUUUUUACCGUCUGUAAGAUCUGUUCCAAUUUAAUGAGAAUCUUAGCUUGGUAUGGCCAUUAUCAAACACAGCUAUAGACCUUUGGCUUUCUUAAUGUUCUCCUAUGAGGUUAAUGUAAGCAUCUAUAUCAUGUCCAGUUUUACACAGGAAAUGGAACACGUUUGAUGCAAUUUUUUUGCAUGAUAGUGAAAUAAUAAAAUAAAGUUAGUUUUUUUUCCUGAAUGUUAAUAGAACCUUCAUAGCUUUGUUACAAUGAAACCUUGAACUGAACAUAUUUAAUAAAAUAACAUUUAAAUGGUGCAAAAUAUCAGAAA